AUGGCUUCGACAUUCGUUCACCAUACAGCUUUGCCUACAUCGGCAGGACUCGGUCAGUCUUCUCCGUCUGGACUGCCUCAGAUACAGCUCACCAUCCUCGAUGCCCUCAUUCCUGGGUAUUCGGUACUCGCCGACACGUUCCUGAGAUACGCUGGCAUCGAUGUGUCCUACUAUGUCUCUCUCUGCGCCUUCGCCUUCGCCUUGCAUGCCGCUUGGACCUACACAGUCAUUCCAUUCAAGAACCACGUGCUCAAAAGCCUCAGUUCGACCGUCGUUGUGGACGAGUACGACGAUAUCUACGAACAUGUCCUGAAAUGGGUAAGAGAGCACACCCUUAUGGCCGACCUUCGAGCCAUCCGCGCCGAGUCUCGUGGUCGUUUCUACGACUAUGAAGAGGAUGAUGUCGGUCAAGGCGAUUCAGAAAGCGUUUCAUCACUCAGCAAUGGCUCUAUCUUCAACUUCCGUCAAUGGAGUGCCCGACUACCGCCGAAAUACGAACCUCACUCGUCAAGCGGCUUUUUCUGGCACAAAGGCUACUUCUUUCGAAUUUCACGCGACCAGAAGCGAGUCCAGAAUGAAUGGUCCGAGAUGGUACGAGAAAAAGAAUAUCUGCUUAUCCAAUGCCUCUGGAGAACCACUCAGCCUCUCAAAAUGCUCAUCGAUGAGGCCAGAGAGAUGCACAUCGGCAAGCAAACCACCCACACCAGGAUUUAUCGCCCACAAGGCCGCGAUAAACAGUCUGAGGGCAACGAGUGGCACUGCGUUUCUGUACGACCGAGCCGACCCGUUUCUACCGUCGUGCUUGACGAUGAACCUAAGGCUGAGAUUCUGAUGGACAUGAACGAGUUCUUACACCCGAAGACAGCAACCUGGUACUCCAACCGCGGCAUUCCGUAUCGACGCGGCUAUCUCUUCCACGGUCCGCCGGGCACAGGCAAGAGCAGCAUGUCGUUCGCCUUGGCAGGAGUGUUUGGCCUCAACAUCUACUGCCUCUCUUUGAGCGAGAUCACUCUGACGGAAGAGAAUCUAAUCGUGCUACUCAACACGUUACCUCGUCGUUGUAUCGUUCUACUUGAGGCCAUCGACUCUGCGGGCGUGUCGCGACCCAAGCCUCCUGGAAAGGACGAUGGCGAGAAGAAAAGUGACUCCAAGAAAGAGGCCACUGCCGAGAAGGGCACCGCCAAGGCAGCCGCAACCGUGGUCAUGGCUCCUAACCAACCCAAGAAAUUAGUGAAUGCGAUCUCCAUCAGCGGUCUGCUCAAUGCCAUCGACGGCGUCGCUUCCGCGGAAGGCCGAGUUCUUAUCAUGACGACCAACUACCCCGAGAAGCUCGAUGACGCGCUUGUCCGCCCUGGUCGGGUCGAUCUCAAGAUCUGCUUCGACCUGGCCAGCAAGCAGCAGAUUAAGGAACUCUUCUUGAGGAUGUAUUCCGCCGAUACUGCCGACUCGAAGCGCAAACCACAGACGAUUGCGGAGAUCAUGCCCAAUGCCAAUCUCGAUGCCUGGAUGGUUGGUGGUGAGAGCGAUCUAGACGCUGACGUCGAGCAGCAUGCAGCACCUCGUCCGUUCCGUCGAAGCAAGUCGUGCAAUCGAGGCAGGUCGUGCAGUCAACACAAGGAUUGCGGUCGAAACAACUUGUGUAGUCAACACAAGUGGUGCAACUGCAUUCGCAGCAAGUCGUCCAGUCGAAACGAGAUGGAAGGCUCGCACCCUACUACUCCAGUGGUAGCUACGUCGAAAUCCAACAUGGCUCUUGAGAAGCUAGCCAAUGCAUUUGCGGAUGAAUUGCCAGCCAGCACAUUCAGUCCGGCUGAGAUCCAAGGCUAUCUGCUCACACGUAAGAAGGGACCGAGGAAGGCGGUAGCAGAAGUUUCGGCAUGGAGGGAUGAGAACUUGGCGAAGAAGAAGAGUGGUAAGCUGGAGAAGGCAGAGUUGCCGGUCGUCACACUGAAGGCGGCUAUGGAGUCGGACGAAGGGGUGCUGGUCCGGCCUGGAUCUUCUAGCAACAGCAGCGAGAAGGCGUAG